AUGGAUGUAUUGAAAAAAGCACAUGGAAAUCUUGAAGCAUGUACAGUCAAUGAAAACACCGUCUCGGUGCAGGGAAAGCACUACGAUGCGAAUCAAAUUGUAGAGUUUCCCACAAAGAAGAUCAAGGACUAUACCCUUAAAUCAGUAUUGUUCUUUUUGCUAAAUUCAAAGAAAUCUCUAAAAGAAUACAUGAGCUUGUGUAAGGAAAAUGGAAUACCCUCGGUUUCUCAUAUAGAUAAAGCAUCCAUUUUGGCUGAAAUACAAAGCUUUGUGCCCGUUGCCGUUAAAGGAUUUUUUAUUAGUCCAAAAUACGAAAGUGAUAAAAAAUAUGAUGUGCCGAGUAUCAAAUCAAGAGAUUUAAUAAUUGUUCCUAGCAGUCUUGUUUCUAAAAUACAUAUUGACAAUGUUGAGAAGCUCCUUACUGAUGGAGUAUUUGAGUCCUCAACUGCCAAUCCUCUAUCGCAGGAUAAAAGGAAGAUCUAUGUUGGUGGAAACCUAUUCACUAUCAUUAAAAAUAUUGAUAAUUUUAAAAAAGAAGACUGGGAUAGAGUAAAGGCUGUUUUUAUCGACAAUCCAGCAUCUGAGGAGUCGGAAGAGAUUCUUUUGAACUGCACGAGAGACGUUGCAAUUUUCACGUUUGAACAGCAAAAAUUCAAGUGUGUAAAGUUAGAAAUUUCAGGGAGUGUGUUAAAAAAUCAUGCAAAAGUGCUGGAAUGUCUUAGAUAG